GAGAGAGAAAGUGAGAGAGAGUCAUGCAGUGUAUAGAAGAGUAGGCCAUGCAGGAAAGCUUGCCGUUUCGAUGCCAUUUGUUAUAAAUACCCAAUUCUCCAUAACCCACCUCUCUCUAUUCUCUCUCUCUCUCUCCUUUUUUUGGCAACUCUUUCUCUCUCUUCUAUUUUCUCUCUCUCUCUCUCUCUUCCUUCUUCUUUUUUUGGUAGUGCAAAAAUAGAAAACACAUACACACACAGAGGCGCUGCUAAAAUCGGCUUGCUUUUUAUCUUUUGGGGGGUUUUGGCCGGAGAUUCUAGGGGGGUUUUGAGAGAGAAUAAAUGGGUAGGGGCAAAAUCGAGAUUAAAAAAAUAGAGAAUGCAAACAGCAGGCAGGUUACAUUCUCCAAACGGCGGUCUGGGUUGUUCAAGAAAGCCCAUGAACUGGCGGUGCUCUGCGAGGCCGAGGUCGCCGUUAUUAUUUUCUCCAACACCGGAAAGCUCUUCGAAUUCUGCAAUUCCGACAUGAAGAACAUACUUGCAAGAUACAAGAGAGGGUUGGAGGUUACAAAGGCUCCCGCUGUGAAGCGCCAGAAGCAGGAACAAACGGAACCCCAUGAGGCAGAUUUCUUCAGAGGGGAGAUCGAAAAGCUCAGAAUAAAGCAGCUGCAAUUGUUGGGUAAAAAUCUCGAUGGCAUGAGCUUACAAGAACUGGGUGCACUCGAACAACAGCUAAACGAAGGGCUUAUCUGCAUUAAGGAUAAAAAGGAGAAGGUGUUACUUGAGCAAGUAGAACAAUAUAAAGUUAAGGAAAAAAGGGCCGAGAUGGCAAACGAGAUCUUACGCAGACAGAUUGAAGAGUUUCGAGCAUAUCUUCCAUCAACCAGUUAUCAAAAUAUGCUUUGUAUCGAGUACAAUUCAAUCCCGAGCGAGACUCUGCCUUUAAUCAAAGAAGGUUCUAGAAGCCCCGAAAAGGUUCUAGAAGAUGCCGUUGACUCCGAUACGACUCUGCAGUUAGGGCCCCCCUCGACGAUUUGUCGAAAAAGGAAGUCACCGGAUGUUGAAACUGAUCAUUCGAACAAUUCCGAAACUCGUAAUUUGCUUGAGUGAGCAUUUUUUUUUUUACUUAUUUUUAGGGACUUGAGAGAAAUUAAUCUAGAAAUAGUUUGUUGAGACUUCAUUUUGGCAUAUACUUUUUUUUUCUUUCACCUGUAUUAUCUUUUAAGUAACAGAGACAUUCGUUUUCUUGUCCGAAAUUCCAUGUUUUGGACAAGGUUUGUUGAGGAAGUUCGAUGAUUUGGACCGAAAAUCGUGUAAUGGAAACAAACGAGAAUAGAUUUUUUUUUUAUUUUUUUGUGUACAUUUGUGCUUUAUUGGAUACUAGUAGGGGUGGAAAUUGGAACGGAGUUUUGGAUUUCCGUCGACUCCACUCCGAAAUUUUCCGAUUUUUGAACAAAAAAAUUCAUCUCGAAUUCCAAAUUUUCAAUUUUU